AUGACGUUCCACCCGUCUUCACACGUCCACGCCGACGGCGGCGAUGGAGACCACAAUUUGUCAAGACCAACAUCGCCUCGCUCCUCGGGCCGAGCAUCCAGUCCGACUCGCACCAACGACGGCGAUGGCGAUGGUGAGGGUACAGCGGCUCGGCAGUCUGCCUCCGCUGUCAUAGCUCGAGACUUCGUCGCAAGCGGCCGCGAAGCGUCAGAAGAGCACCAACGUUCUCGACAACCUUCAGCAGGACCCUGCAUGAAUUCCACCGACUACGCUUCUGUCGACGGUCAUUCAGCACAUCCCGCUCCGACAAUCGUGCCCAGGGAUCCGGCAUCGCACAUUGCUUCUUCGCAGUCCGCUGCGUACCCGGGGCGUGCUGACGACUUGGCAGCGAAUCCGUCUGACGCGCACACGUCUUCCUCCUCUUCCAGCACCCGUCCUUCUGGAUCGCCUCCGCUUACGACCGAUCCUCAACCCCGUCGCUCCGAACACCUUUCUGCUUCUUCUGCGUCACCAAAGACGCCCAACACUGCUUCCAAGGCUGAUUUUGACGGCCAAGCUAGCAGUGUUCGUACGCCUCUAAAGACAGCAACCUCAAAAGACAGCCCGCUCACCGUAGACGAUUCGGACGACGACCAAGAACCUUCCUCUCUCUCAGCCAGCUUCCUUUCUCAACUCGACAAAGAUCCGCGCACUCCCACCGCACGUUACUCUUUCGACGACCACCAAGACUACUUCCAUCGCCUCGAAUGGGAGGCUCUUAUUGAAAAAGAACGCAGCUCCCCGCCUGCUUCUCAAUCAAACCAGCGACAACCGCUCGACAUGGUUUCCAGCAGCAGCAGCAUUAAUCAGCCAGAUGCUGCGGCUUCGGCUGUCACUGCUGCUAGCCCUCCUUCCUCAAUCAGGCGGUCCACGUCGUCCUCGGCCUCUACCGUACUCGGUGAACAGAGUCAAUCCUCUCUCGACGCUACAGAUGCCAAAAAGCCGGUCACCACCUCACGGAAGCGCUCCAACUCGGCAGGCGGCCCCGUCGAGUAUGGCAGCUUCGGCGGACGAGGCAGCUACAAUGUCCGACCUCGCCAUGCCCACCCAGGUCCACCCGCACCCACCACCAAGAUGAUGCUCAACAUGCGCAGCCCCCAACCCUGGGAUCAGACGCAGUCGCGUCGCCCUGGAUCAGCUCAAGGACGUCAGCGCUCCAACAGCCGUUCUGACGACCCCGUGGGUUGGGCGCAGAGGGCCAACUACAGCUUCUUUGCCGACUCAGGUAUCCCAGGCACAAGCUUCCCGCACCCUGGUGUCUUGGCUCCCACCGGCAACCAUGCGCCUGGUGAGGCGAGGACUUCAGCGGAUGGCAGGCUACACGCGGGCGAUUUUGAGAAUACCGUGCAGCCAUGGGACUCGCCUCGUGCGCCAAGGCGGUCGUUGACCAUGACGCCGGGACAAGAGGGUGUGAAACGCUCCAAGCAGCAGACUGGACAGGUGGCGGCGGUCCCUUUGACAAGUGGCAGGCCGAGGGCCUACACAAGUCACUCGGUCGAUGAUGCCGAUCUGCCAAGCACAGCGUUGCAGCGUCACCGCACAAGAGAUUCUGAAAGAGUCACCACUGAUGCUCAGUCUCUUGAGCGAGCUUCGAUGGAAGGUGAGGGCGAUGAUGACCUCGGCGUCAAUGCCAACGACGGCGACGACGGUGAUGACGACGAUGAUGAACAAGGCAAAGACAAAGAGUCGAAACCCAAGCCUUCCGUCAAAGAACGCGCCCAAUCCGCCAUUACCAACAUCCGCCUCUCGUCCAACUACUUUGCCCUCUACAAAGCCGCCGACCGCACCGACAUCACGCUCCUCGUCAUCGGCAUCAUCGCCGCCAUUGGCUCCGGUGUUCCCCUGCCCCUCAUCGGUAUCCUCUUCGGCCAGCUCAUCGACGGCUUCAACUCUGCUGGCUGCAACACCGGCGGCGGUCGACCAACCAACACUUCCGCCUUCCUCUCCUCCGUCGACGACAAGGUCGAAAAGAUCGCCAUCAUUGCCGCGGUCAACUUCUUCCUCAUCUGGACGUACACCACUUGCUGGUCCAAUCUCGGCGAGCGACUUGUCCGCAAGAUGCGCCGGCGCUACCUCGGCUCCGUGCUUCGUCAGGACAUGACGUUCUUCGAUACGCUUCAGCCCGGUGAGGUGGGUACGCGGCUCUCCGCAGAUCUGUUGACCAUCCAGAACGGCACGAGCGAGAAGAUGGGCAUCCUCAUCUCGAGUCUCUCUUACUUUGUCACGAGUUACAUUGUGGCGUUCAUCAAACUGCCCAAGUUGGCGGGGCAGUUGGUGUCGUUAUUGCCCGCUUUCGCUCUUGUCAGCGUGUUGGGCUCGAGGUUUGUGGCCAAAGCGCAGAAGAACACGUCGACGCACUUGUCGCAUGCGUCGAGCUUGGCGGCUGAGGCGUUGAACAACUUGCCCGUCGUACAGGCGUUUGGCUCGCAGCCGAGACUGUCCAACAUCUACCAGAGCCAUCUGGAGCUCGCGAGGAAGCAGGGCACGCUCAAGGCGCUCGCGGCGGCAGGCGUGCUCGGCAGCUUGUUCUUUGUCGGCUACUCGGCCAACGCGCUGGCUUUCUUCUCGGGUUCGAAUCUGAUCGCUUCGUCUGGCAACCCCAGCACGGUGGGCUCGGUGUACACCGUCAUCUUCUUGCUGCUGGAUGCGUCGUUCAUCGUGGGUCAGAUCGCGCCCUAUCUGCAGACAUUCUCGGCGGCCAGUGGUGCAGGGCAGGCGUUGCGUGAAACGAUCGACAAGAGGUCGCCCAUCGACGGUACAGACACACAGCAAGGUAUUACGCCUCAGCCGGGCGACGUCAAGGAAAUUGCGGUGGAGCUGUCGGACGUCGAGUUCAGCUAUCCGGCUCGACCGGACGAGAAGGCGUUGCAGGGGCUGAGCAUCUCGGUGGCCGCAGGCCAUCGUGUGGCCCUCGUGGGUCUGUCAGGAUCGGGCAAGUCGACGGUGGCCUCGCUGCUGCAACGGUUCUACGACCCCACUUCGGGCCGCGUCACGCUCAAUGGUGUCGAUCUGCGCGACUACAAUGUGCGUUGGCUUCGCUCUCAAAUCGGAGUUGUUGGGCAAGAGCCGGUGCUGUUCGAUUGCUCUAUCAUGCAGUCGAUCGCACACGGACUGGUGGGCUCGCCUGCGCACGCACACCUGCACUCGACCGUCCUCGCCUUCUCGCAAGUCGGCCAGGAGAAAACAGGCACCGACCUCAACCAGGUGCUCACAACACCGGAACAGCUCGAACAGCUCGAAGAGAUCAAGAAGCUCUGCACACGCGCAGCUCAACUCGCCGGCGCGCACUCGUUCAUCGAAAAGCUGCCCCAGGGCUAUGACACGCAAGUCGGCGAGGCCGGUGGAAAGCUCAGCGGCGGUCAGAAGCAGAGGAUCUCGAUUGCGCGGGCCAUCGUCAAGCAGCCUAAGCUGCUUAUCCUUGAUGAAGCUACGGCCGCGCUGGAUUCCCACUCGGAGCAUGCGGUGGCGAAAGCGCUUGAUAGCAUCUCGGAAGGCGUUACGACUGUUGCUAUUGCGCAUAGGCUGGCGACAAUCCGCAACUACGACCAAAUCAUUGUCAUGGGUGCUGGUAAAGUGUUGGAGCAGGGGACGCACAAAGAGUUGCUGGCACAGAGAGGUUAUUACUACAAGCUGGCUGUUGCUCAGGAUACUGGUGCUUCGCAUGCUGCUGAUGAUGGUGAAGUAUCGUCGAGCGAUGAGCAAGGAGAGGAGGUUGAGGAGGAACAGAGCGAGACGGCGGACGGAUCGGCCCAGCAGCAGCAGGAACGACAGCGAAGGGGUCGACGUAGGAUGGACGAUGUUGUCGAAGGAGACGAGAUGGAAGGACCUCCGGCUGUCGGUCUGACCGGUCCCGAACAGUCGGCGUCGCCCUCUCGGGAUUCGAACCAGUCCACGUUGCACCGGAACAGUGUCGAAGAUGCUGCCAACAGCAAGAGUCGUGCUGAUCUUGCCGGAGCUCAUGCGCAUGGCAAUGAUGACCACGAACAAACCGAAAAGGAGGCGACUGAGGUUCCAAGCGAACAAGCCGCUCGACGCUAUCCACCGCGCGUGAUCUUCAAGCGUAUCCUGUGGAUGCUACGUCGCGAAUGGCCGUACAUCCUGCUCGGCCUGUUCACCAGCACGAUCAUGGGCGGCUCGUACUCGGGCGAAGCUGUGCUCUUCGGUCACGUCAUCGAAGCGCUCAACCCGCAAUGCCGUAGUCCCGACGGCGUCCGUGCGUCGGGCCGACAGUUCGGUCUCUACUUCUUCAUCCUCGCGCUUAUCCAGUUCUUUGCGUACUCGAUCAACGGUCUCGUGUGGGGCCUCGUCGCCGAGCGCUUGCUCUUCCGUCUGCGUCGCGUCUCGUUCGACACGAUGAUGGAUCAGCGUCUCACGUGGUACGAAGCACAGGACAAGAACCCAGCUUCGAUGAUUGCCUCGCUUUCCAAUGACGCCAACAAUCUCGGCGGCGUGACGGGCACAGUGAUCGGCACGAUCUUCUGCAUCUUUGUCAACCUCAUCGCCGGGAUUUCCGUGUCGAUGGCCAUCGCAUGGCGGAUUGCGAUCGUCAUUCUCGCGCUGGUGCCCAUCAUCCUCGCCGCUGGUUAUCUGCGCCUGAAGGUGCUGGCGGAUUUCCAGAAACGCCACGAAACGGCUUACGUCAAGUCGAACUCGCUCGCCAUCGAAGCGGUGCAGUGCAUCAAGACUGUUGCCAGCUUAGGCCGGGAGGAAGACGUGAUGCGCAAGUUCGAGAGAUCCUUGGAGAAUCCCUACCGCGAGAGCAUGCGGCACUUCCUGUUCGGCAACGUGUUCUUGGCCCUGGCGCUCAGCAUCAGUUACUUUAUCUAUGCAUUUGCGUACUGGUGGGGUAGCCAGAACAUUGCCGAAGGGAGAUACUCGCAGACGGCGUUCUUCAUCGUGCUGCCAGCGCUGCUGUUCUCGGCACAGGCCAGUGGACAGCUGUUGGCGUUUGCACCGGAUUUCUCCAAGGCGCACGUGUCCGCUGCCAACUUUUUCCGGUUGAUGGAUCAGAGGCCCAAGGCGGUGGAGCGGCAGAAGCUGAUCGAGCGCGAGAGGGCCGAAGCGAAGGCUGCGAAGCGAAGUGGUGGUGGUGGUGGUGGUGGUGGUGGCGCGGGUCUGUUCCGUCGUGGACGAGAUGACAUUCUUGCUGCUGCGGAGGCUAAAGACGAUGUUGAGACCAGUGGUGUUGCUGGGUCGGCAGAUGCUGUGGAGAAGAAGGGACCGUCGACGAUCGAGUUUGACCAUGUCUCGUUUACAUACCCCACACGAGAUGACCCGGCGCUCAAGGAUGUUUCGCUUCGCAUCCCCGGUGGAUGCUUUGCAGCCUUUGUGGGCCAAUCAGGCUCAGGAAAGACUACAGCCAUGUCGCUCAUCGAGAACUUUUACACCCCUGCUUCAGGCACCGUUACCGUCGACGGCCUCCGCACCGACCGUACACCGGACCACAUUCUUCGUCGAGACAUCGCCAUCGUACCGCAAGAACCUGUCAUCUUCUACGGCACUGUGCGGUUCAACGUCCUCCUCGGCCUGCGCCCUGACCUUGCACGCGCCACCUCGGCCUCCACGGUUCGUCGACGCCGACGAGGUAAGCACCUGACGCCACUCGAACAGGAAGCGGCGGACGACGAUGCAGCGCUCCUUGCCCCCUACAAACCAGACACAGCCUGGCAGACGUCGAUCCCCGAUUCGCUCGUGGUCGAAGCGUGCCAAGCGGCAGGGAUCCACGAGACGAUCAUGCGCUUCAAAAAGGGCUACGACACACUGAUCUCGUCGUCGCAGCUCAGUGGCGGACAGAAGCAACGCCUCUCGAUCGCACGUGCCCUCAUCCGCAAACCGCGCCUCCUGCUGCUCGACGAGAGCACCAGCGCACUGGACAGCCAGUCGGAACAGGCAUUCCAACAGACGCUCUCGGCCAUACGCCACAAGGGCGACUGCACCAUCUUGGCCAUCGCGCACCGCAUGAGGACCAUCAAGGAUGCCGACGUCAUCUUCCUCUUCGAAAACGGCGAGUUGGAGGCGCAGGGCGGGUAUGCGCAGUUGAUCAAGCAGAGCGAUAAGUUCAAGGCCAUGGUCAGCUAUCAGAGUCUCAAUUAG